CGCCUUGUCCGUUUGGCUCGGGUCGUGAUUUGUCUCCGAUUGUGCUUGUGUGACCUUCCACCAAAAUCCCAUUCCUAUUUCUCGUAUCCCGAAGCAAAGCAAGUAGGAGUACUAGGAUCACCGCCGAAGCAAUGGCGACGGCGAAGGGCACCGUGCGGUGGCGGCAGGACGGGGAUCGCACCCGGGAAAACCUGCAAAAGAGGAUCAGGUGCCGCCGAGACAGGCUCCUCCAGGACGCCUGGGAGAUCUCCGAGCUCUUCGCGCCCCACCUCGCCAUCCUCGCCUUCCCCGCCUCUGGCAAAGCCAAACCCCUCCUCUUCGGCAACCCCACCCUCGACUCCGUCCUCCGCAACGUCCUUGUCGACGCCGACAUAGGGGCCGAGACGGCGGAGGAGGCCGCGGCGCGCGUGGCGGCGAUGAGGCGUGAGGUGGGGUCGAUCGAGGCGCGGGUCGCGCAGGAGGAGGCGCGACUGCGCGCCGUCGCGGUGAAGGUCAAGGCGGCGCAGGAGGAACAGGGGAGGGCUCACUGGUGGGAGGUGGAUGUGCACGUACUGGGGGAGGCGGAGCUGCCGGAGUUCGCCACGGCGCUCGAUGCUCUCAGGGCCGACGUCCUCCGCCGCCUCACCGAGCUGGCCGAAGCCCGGAAGCCACCGCGGCAGCAGUGGUAGUGGCUUCGCCGUGGGGAUCGGCGCACGGAUUCGUUCAGUCCAUCAGUGCACAAUCGGUUAUCUCAUGACUACCUAUCAACGUCCAAAAUGAAGGUGCAAUCAGAAGAUUUAGACUUGGCAUUGAAGUUAACUCAGCUAUGUCAAGUGGUUCAUCAGCAGCAACAUGUUCGAAAGGAAACUUUUUGUUCUUGAAAAGAAAGGAAACUUUUAUUUUCGUCCUGGAUAUUUGCGUUGCUGCUCGUCUUGCCCUUUACGAAUGGUGCAGCAUGUUCGAAAGGAAACUUAUAUUGGUUCCGGAUUGUCCUACUUCGUCGAAAAUUAAUUCGGCAUCAAA